AUGGCUUUAAAACCUUUUGUGUUGCUCAUUUUCAUCGCUGUUACUGUUAGUGAGUGGAUAUCUCAAGUCCUUGAUGACCAAAUGACUUUGAAAUGGGAAGUAAGCGGCAAUAAAAUCACUUUCAACUUCUAUGUAACCUUUACUUAGUGUCCAAACGCCCAAUGGUGUGGGAUCGGAUUUGCCAAUACUAUGUUCGGGUGUGAUAUGUUAAUCGCAGUUGGAGGUGGAACUGCACAAGUUCCUAUACAGGUAUGAGAUAUGUGGUCAGAAAACCAUGAUACCCCUUCAAUCGACACAGAUUUCUGGAGUGGUGUAACCAGUGUGUUCGAUGUCACAGGAACUUUUACGCCGAAUAGCCAAAGUUCGCCAAGCAAUGGCAGAAAUCAAAACUCAGGGACAAUAGAUGCUACUUUUUCGAGGCUUCUUUAUACAGGAGAUAUAUGGGAUGCUUAUAUUGACCCAACAAAAAAAAUGAAUAUUAAUUGGGCUUAUAAAGGUGGUGGCAGUUAUGGAAAUUUCGAUAAGCAUAAUGACUACUCACAAGGGAAAAUUAAGUUAGCGGCUUCAUCUGCUGAUGCUUAUUUCAGUUCAGAGUCAAGUGACAAGUCAGAAUUUGACACUCAUCAAGGUCUAAUGACAAUCGCUUGGAUUAUUACUGCACCAAUCGGCAUUGUUAUUGCAAGGUAUCUCAAACAAAAAACAGAUGCAGGUCCAAUAACCGUUUUACUUUUGAUAGUGUCCAUUUUAUCGAAGAAAAUUUUUGUCGAAAAUGUUAAUAGUGCGAAAUUUUACGGGUUUUUGAUCUAAUCUCUAAUCAUUUGACAUAGAACCAUCUCAAACAUUUCCGCUUCUGGUAUUUAUUCCACUUACUCUUGCUUAGCUACUCAGUUCUGUCCACAAUUAUCAGUGUUUCAUUGGUCUACAAAACCCAUGAAACAUCUUAUCUUUCAGCUACAAAAAAAGUCAGAUACCAUUCAAGACUAGGAUUCGUUCUGACUUGCUUCGUGAUCGGGCAGCUAUUUAUAGGCUUCAUCUGCAAGAUGCUGCAAAUGUUUUCUCAUCAAUUCGGGAUGAUUGCUCAAAUUAGAAGGGCCCAUAAAGUACUUGGCUACGCAAUGCUGACUGUAGGGUUAAUGAAUAAUUCUUAUGGGUAUGAGAUAUUUGGCUCUGCUUCAUCUUAUUAUGUUGGCUUAGCAAUCCUAUUAGGUGGCUGGCUACUUCUUGAAAUAAGACAUCAGUUUACUUAUAAAUGGACAUGGCUUUUACUCCAGAGAAAGCCUAAAGAAAUGACCCAUAAAGAAGCCAUGGAGAAGAAAAAAAUGAAAAUUAUGUUUUAUGACGACUUAGUGCUAAAUGUCACCCAUUUUAUUGAUUCUCAUCCUGGAGGAGCAUAUAUGCUGAAAGAUUCUAUAGGUGAGGAUGCUGGGAAAUAUAUGGUAGGUUGUAGCAGUAGUGGUGGAGAGCUAGCUCCUUAUGAGCACUCUAAGCCAGCAUUUGACCUUGCGAAGAAACUGGCUAUUGGAAGAGUUCCUUAUCCUGAAGGGUAUUUACAAAAAAAAAAUCAAGAUGUUUCUCAGGAUGAAAUGGUUUGGAAUAUCAGCCUUCAGAAAAAUCUAAACCCAAGCACAAAAUUCAUAUCUUUGCUCUCUUCUCAAUUUAUCAUGUCCCAAGUUCCAGAGCACUCCUGGUGGCUUGGGAAGCAUUUCAAAGUGUCAGCCAAAAUCAAAGGAAAUACUGUGUCUAGGUAUUAUAGUGCGUUUUUCGCUAACCUCCACAACUGGGCAGAUGAACUUGACGGAUCAGGAAAUCUUUCCAAAAAAUAUCCAGAGUCCAAAACAGGCAGCUUGAAUUUUAUUUUUAAAGUUUACGAUAAAGGAGCUGUAACCCAAUAUAUGCAUAAUUUAGGAGAAAGCGGAGAACUUCACCUAAAAGGACCCUUAGGGCCUGGCUUGAUGCUAACUCCCCGUGAGCGAACAAAGCCAUAUUUAAAAUCACUAUUUUUAUUUGGGUACAAGCCUACCCUCCAUGAGCGAACAAAAAAUUUUUAUGAAAAAAUAUUAGAUAUAUAAGUGAUAAUUAGUAUAUAUAUCUCUAGUUAAUUCUCUUUAAGUUAAAACAACUUGUAUUUAAAAAUAUAAAUUUUGCAAUAUUUGUUUAAAAUUAUUUCGAAUAGUUUUUUUUUUUUUUUUGUUGAAAAAGUUAACCCCUUAAAAAUAUUUUUUUUUGUUGCUCACGUAUAGCCCCUGAAAUUAUUUAGAUCAUUAUUGGCAUCCAUUUUAAUUUCAAAAAUUAAUUUGUACUUGUCAGCUUUUUUGAAAAGUAAAAACGAAAAUGACAAGUCUCCGUUUAUGUUUUAAGGUACCUAAUCAGACUUAUACUGUAUAAGGCAGGUGCCCUGUACCAUAUUUUUUCUGGUCAGUAUUCUGCUGGGUAUAGAGAUCUAUUAAGGUGCAUGAGCUAUAGUGGGAGUAAAUGAAUUUUCUGGAGACUAUCUCGGGUUUGCGGGAGGCACUGGCCUGGUUCCAUUUUUGGAUGUAGCGAAUUACAUGUGAAUAAAUAGGGCCAGCCAGCUACCUUUUACCUUUACUUUGUUUGUGUCAUUCAGGACUAAUGAUGACGCUUUUUGUGUUGAUUUGCUUGAAGGAACUUCACAAGCGUUGGGUGAAAAUAAAUUCAAGCUAAUUAAACUCAUUGAUAAACAAGCCCAGGAGAUUAAGCUAUCUGAUGUAGUUGCGAAAUACGUUGGGAUGAAUCCUGCUGGAGCUUGGGUGUGUGGACCUUCUGGGUAUAAUAAAUAUAUCAAAGAUCUGUUGACUGGAGCAGGGAUGGAAAGAAAUAAAGUUAUAGUGAUGUAA